CCCGUGGCCCCGGACGUGUCCAGCUCGGCGGCUGGUCCCAGUCUGGACGCGCGCGCGGCGGCCGGUGGGGCGCGGGGAGGGCGCGGCGCGGUCCGCCGGGUGCCUGAGCCCCGGAGCCGGGGAGCAGAGCAGCCAGGAGUCCCGGUGUGCCGACCCGGGGCGCCCAGCCGACCUGGCGCUGAUCCCCGAUGACUGAACUACAGCAAGAAGUGGAAGACACGAAGCCUGCGCGAGUGCUCGGGAAGAGGGAGGGCAGAGCCGCGCCGGCCCACUCUGAGGCUGAGAAUGGUGUGGAGGACAAAAAGAAAGUUUGCAGGUCGCCAACAGUCCAGUCACCUGCCCCGUCUGUGGAAGCCGAAUCUCCAGACCAGAAAAAGAGCAUCUACCUGCGGUCAAAAUCCAGUUUUGAAGGUGCCACUGUAUCAGGUGACAAGAAUGAAUAUAAAACAGAAAACAAAAAUGACUCUAAGACUGAAAGGAAAAAGUCGUCAUCUUCCAGCCAGUACAAGGCGAACAUGCACUUUCACAAGUUGUUCCUUGAAGUCCCAACUGAGGAGCCUCUGAGACAAAGCUUUACGUGUGCCCUGCAGAAAGAAAUACUGUAUCAAGGAAAGCUCUUUGUAUCAGAGAACUGGAUUUGUUUUCAUUCCAAGGUCUUUGGGAAAGACACUAAGAUCACGAUUCCGGCUUUCUCAGUAACUCUAAUAAAGAAAACCAAAACUGCUCUUCUGGUGCCAAAUGCUCUGAUCAUAGCCACAGUUACCGAAAGGUACAUAUUCGUCUCCUUACUCUCCAGAGAUUCAACAUACAAACUUCUCAGAUCUGUGUGUGGACACUUAGAUAAUUCGAGUGUUGGUAACAGUCCCAACCCAUCUUCUCCUGAAAACAGCUUCCGGGAAGACCGCCCUUCGUCUUUGCCUCUGGACUUCAAUGAUGAAUUCUCCGACCUGGAUGGAGUGGUUGAACAAAGAAGGCAGGACAUGGAAGGAUACAGCAGUUCGGGUUCUCAGACUCCGGAAUCAGAGAACUCCCGAGACUUCCACGUAACAGACUCCCAGACCGUUCUGAAUGUCACCAAAGGGGAAGCAAAGUCUCCUCGGGCCGACACCCAUUUGACCAGAGUGCCUGAUGGGAAAGCCAAGAACCUUCCCAUACAUGGUCAGUCAGAAACAACUGGAAUCUUACCUAAAGUCAAGUCUGAGAAAUGUCCAGCUGUUCAACAUAUUCUUAUAUUCUAUGCAAUCGUUGUCUGUGCACUUAUCAUAUCGACCUUCUACAUGAGAUACAGAAUUAACACUCUGGAGGAGCAGCUGGGCUCCCUGGCCUCCAUUGUGGACACCCACAGUACUGCGCGCCCUGUGUCAUCCACCGUGGGAUCUGAAGUACAGUUAAACGUGGAUGUCCUCUGCCAGGAGCUCACAGCCAACAUAGUGACUCUAGAAAAGAUUCAAAACAACUUACAAAAGCUGCUUAAGAAUGGUGACUGACCAACCAGAUCGCUGGGGCCAACGUAAUACCUCAGUUUCCCCUGAAGAAGGUGCUCCCGCAGUGUCCUUGUCAGGCGCCUCCUGCUGGUCGGUGGCGUGAGUGGAUGAGAAUCCAGAUGUGUUUGCCCUUGGAGAUCUCCAGCACAGGAAAAGGGAGAAGGGGAAUCAUUUGUUUCUUGUGCAAUAAAACUUGAUCUUGUCUCUCUGAAAAAGUUUUGCUGCUCCUGCUGCUGCUGCUGCUGUGUAAGAAAACAGACCCAUCUCGGGAGGCCUCAGAAAGGGCCAGGAGGACCCUGUGGAAUGCCUGUGGUUCCAGAUGAUCUUGACUGUGUCAAUGAACACUCCAUGUCAUGCCUUUUUAACCCUUCCCAACCUCCUCCUCUCUCCUUCUGCCCUACAUAACCAGCCCUCAGACUAAGGGAUACAUGGAUACCCACAGACUCCAUGUGGUCCUUUAAAAAUUAGCCACACGUCUCUGGAAAUGCAAUGAAUGUCUAAAUAGACACACUUGCUUCAAACAAAACAUGUAUUUCUCUCUUUCUUGGUUCUUUUACUGUUCUGAUAUAAAUCAUCUAUAUAUCAUACUUUCUCAAAGAGUGUUAAAUAUAGUGGAUUGAGCUAUUCUGUUUAUGUAUUACCUUGCUGUUUCUGUAUCUAAUAUUUAAUUGCAUCUAUUCUCAGCCACCUCAGGUCAAGAAUCUGUGAGAUGGGAAUACUAAAUAAAACUUAACUCUGAAACCAAAACUAAUUUUUAAACAAAAAGUUGUAAUAGUGAUUUAAUGCCAGAUGAAAAACACUGAAAUCUUUAAGAUUGUAGGCAAACUAGGUUUGAAACGAUAAAAUCCAUUUCAGCAUGGCAAUUGUAUGUCUUUUUCUUUUACUGAGUAAAUUAAGUAACUGAAGGGUUGCUAACUUUAUUUACUAUAUGGGUUAGUUGGUUUUUAUUAAAUGUUUAGGGUACCAUAAGAUCUAUAAGUAUAAAAUACAUUCUGUUUCUAUCUGCAAUGCAUUUUAUAAUCAUUUCUAUGAAAUGUAUUUUGUUAAUCAGGUAAGCUAAUAAGUGAACUGGUUACAUCGUUUGUAUUUUUAGCCUACUAGACAACUGUGUCUGGUGCACCACUGGCUAUUAAAAUAAAUGUUCAUUGGAUAAAACA